AUGGCUGUUCUCUCAAAGGAGUACGGCUACGUCAUGCUGACUGGGGCUGCCAGCUUUGUCCUGGUCAUGCACCUCGCCGUGAAUGUGGCCAAGGCCCGCAAGAAGUACAACGUGGAGUAUCCAACCAUGUACAGCACAGAUCCUGAACACGGGCGUGUAUUCAACUGCAUCCAGCGCGCGCACCAGAACACGUUGGAAGUUUACCCCGCCUUCCUGUUCUUUUUAGCCACCGGUGGAGUCUUCCACCCGCGGAUUACCACAGGGCUUGGCAUCACCUGGAUCCUGGGGAGAAUCCUCUACGCCUACGGCUACUACACAGGAGAGCCGAAAAACCGAAGGAGAGGGGCCAUCAGUUCAGUGGCACUGAUUGGGCUGGUGGGCACAGGCGUGCAUUCAGCUUGCCAGCACCUCGGCUGGAUCUGCCAGCACUAA